AUGCAAAAGGAGCUUUCUGCUCUACAACGGGUGCAGGCAUCAGAUGGAUACUUUUUUGAGCAGUUUGCAGCCAGUACGACGCCAAUACCGCCUACAGUGAUUGGAAGCAUUGCGACAGUGGAUGAUGAAAGCCGCUUGAAUGAUUUCCGAAUUGACUACGACAACCAGGCUUUCGAGGAUCUUUACGUAGAAGCCCUCUACACAAUUGUUCAUAAAGUUGGAAGAUGUGAAAGUGCGCCCGUUGAGGAACUUUUUUCCUAUGCGCAAAAGGCAUUCCGGAUCGACGACGCGCAGCAUCAACAACUUCUUUCACGCGCUCACGAAGAAAAAGUCAUCCCACCUGUGGUCCUACUCAAUGUUUUAUUGCUGGAAGCGCGAGACUUGAUUGCCAAAGACGUCAAUGGUUUCAGCGAUCCGUUUUCGAUGAUGGGUGUGGUGCCAGGGAAAAGACCAAAGGGUAGUUCUCCGGACCCUUUAGCUGCAAGUAAGCAAGCACUGGAAAGUGAUAGCGAGGAUACGACAAAUUCAGAUGUUGAAUGUGCUAUACCGCCGAGAUCGCCUGCUGCCAUCGAAAAACAACGACAGUACACUGGUUUGCUACAUCGUUUUGGAGGAUCAUUUAGACGGAACACAGCGAACAAAAAGAAGAAGGAUGAAGCACGAAUGAUUCCGGUGAAACGAAUCAAAGCAUCAUCAGUGCAGCGAAAAACACUGAAUCCAAAAUGGAAUGAAAAAUUCCAAUUUGUAGUGGAUGAUGUUAAUAGUCCGAAAUACUAA